CGAAAUGAUAUCUUUGCAGGAUUUUAGAGGAAGCCAACAACCGCCAAAGGCAAACAAAUUAUAAUGCCAAACACACAUAAAAUGCAUACUUCUGAAGAAGCUCCAACUUUGAAAAGGAGGAUCUUCUAAAAGUUCAAGUUACUCAUGUACCUUGUCGUUGUUAACCUUCCUUGAUUUUUUUUAUCCCUUUUGUCAAUUUUGUGCACCUAUUUCUUAGUGCCAAAUAACAUUCUUAACAAAUAAACCCUCCGUCCCUAAAAGUCUUUCUCCUUUUUUUCUCUGUCCCAAAAUUCCUCUCCUUUCUAUUAAAAAAUCACUUUUAUCCCUUCUAUUUCUUACCCUACCUAUCACAUCAUACCUAUUCACUUAUAAUUUACCCAUCACGUCCUACUUUUACUCAUCACAUCAAGGUUAAUUUGAGAAAGUCAAUACAAAAAUAUCCUUUUCCUUAAAUCCCAAAAUAGUCCAAAUAAGGAGAUUUAGGGACGGAGGGAGUACUACUAUGUAUGAACUAUGAAGUAUACCUUCUUUUUUUCCUAUUCUGGCUAAGGAACUAUACAAUUUGGCAGAAAACAUUAUAUUGCCUAUAAUUUUUCUUGCCUACCAUUUGUUCGCCUAUCUUGAAUAGCUGUGUCAUCGCUCUUAGCUAUUCAACAUAUUUAACCUUAUAAAAUGACAACUGAUUUUUUUGGGGUGGUGGGGGGGGGGGGGGNAGAUAUGCAGUACGUCAAAAACGUGCAGAGUCAAAAAAAGCUUUGAAAGAUUUGCUCUUUUAUGGUGGUUCCCUCGAUAACUAUCUUGAGGGAAAAUUUCACGAGGAGCAUGUGAAAUGGGAUAUAGAGGAUGAUGACCCUUUUGACAAGAAAUGUAAACUCAAGACUUCAGCUCGUAGUAGAACUCGCUUGAGGAGAAGGCAACGUAAACUAAAGAAACACUGGUUAAAUGAAGAAGAUUAUGAAGAUGAACAUCCAGAGAAAAUAUUUCAAGCAACCUUUGGUGAAAAAUCAUACACCUGGUCCUUUAAGCCUUGGAAGGAAUUUUUGUAUGAAAGUAAACGAACUCGAAUUCACCAUGAAGAAGAAACUGAAUGGAAUGGCAGACAGCAAAAUAAGCACAAUAGAUCUGACCCCAAUCACAACCAUAGUGAGUCUUAUAUUGUAGGAUCAUACUCCGAAAGAUCAAUCCUUGGUCUUCCCGUCAGGGGCCCAUUGAAGAUCGAGGAAGUCAAGAAUGCUUUUCGACUCUCAGCUUUGAAGUGGCAUCCUGAUAAGCACCAAGGUCCUUCACAGGCAGCAGCAGAAGAGAAAUUCAAGUGUUGUGUUGCAGCAUACAACUCACUGUGCAAUGCCCUCUCCCCAGCAUAACCCCACUCCCACCCCUCAUAUAUCCUGUUUGAUUUGUUCACAUUAUUUUCAAAGUGUAGCUUUAGGAUAGGAAAACAUUCAGUAUGAAAGUUCAUUAUGGAUGCCGAUGAGGAACAGGGUGAGGUGGAUAAUGAAAUAGAUGGAGAGGUGGAAUUAAGGGCUGAAAAGGAUGGUGCAAGCAUUGGUUCUAGCCUAGGAGUCGGCGAGUGAGAUAAGGGCCUUACCAAGAAGAAUAUUUAUGUAUGGUGUGGACUUUCUUAUAAUGCCCCUCCACACUGCCUUACUCCUCUUUCAUCUGUCCACCACUGUCGACACCCUUUACCUUUGUCAACUUUCCUCCUUCAACUCUAUAACCCACCGCCGCCUACCUCUCUCGCUCUUGAUGACUUGGCAGAGAUUUUAAAGCAGCAAAUUAGUGAGUUUAGUUUAAACCAUGAUAUCCAAUUGGCUAAGUGAAUUUAGUUAUUUAUGGUUUACUCUUUUUUUCCCCAUAUUAGAACUCCUUUAUUCCUAUUGUGACUCUUUUUUUCAAAAAGAAUUACAGUUCUAUAUGGGUAAAUGGAGAAUUAUUAAGCCCUAUGUAAGAUAAUUUCAUCUAAAAAGGUAUAUGGAGUAUGAUAUAGAUUUUGCUAUUCGUUUUGAUAUAGAUUUUUAUAUUGUUAAAUUUGUUUAGGUUCUUGUAAAAUAGAAGACUUGACGGCUUAAAAUGUAAUUAGCAUUUUUAAUUAGUUGAUACGGCACACCUCUUUCCUGCUUAACAUCUUAGUGUUCAUUCUUAAUUAUCUCAGAUCCAAUCCACGUUCUAAACUGGGCAUCUAUUUAUAUCGUGUGCGAAGGAGGGUCUUUAUUUUUCGCACAACAGUUUAUUCUUUAAGGCAUCUGAAGUGGGGAAGCAGUGAAGUCUAGCGGUGUCUUGUAUAGCAUUUGCUCAUUUCUAGUCAAACGGUGGCUAGAAUGUGGAGGCAGUGCAAGCUUUGUGUAAUUUAAGAGAUACUGAGCUGUUUUUGAGAGUGCCGAUUCAAAUAGGGAGUGAAGAUCAUUUAAACUAUGUUGGAGAUAAACAUGGCAAGUACUCUGUCAAGGAGGGAUAUCGUAGGGUCCCGGGAUUCACUCAAUCGGGAAGGAUUUGGCAGAAUUUGGUGGCCUUCCAGAUUAGAGUUUGCCUUUGGCGAGCUAUUAGAAACAUGUUCUAGGCUAAUUUUGAGUUGCUUUUGAAGGAUGCACAGGUCGACUUGAGAUAUUUAUGGUAGUCUUGAGAAUCAAGAGAGCAUCUUGAAGGCCCAAUGGCGUUGAUGUGUGGCAGUUUAUGGGUUGGAGGAAUUGGACUGCUUCGACAACAUCUUUCUUGGAGAGGAUGGAGCAUUUAUUUUCCAAAGCUUCUUUACAAGAUCCAAAGGUCAUAUCCAAUGCUAUUUAGGCGAUCAAGAAGGCGAGAAACAAAGCGAUGUGGGACCAUGUCAUUCCCGUACCCCUGCUUGUGGUUAGAAAGGAUGAGGCACGACGGUCGCUAUUUUGUUGCUGAGGGCAUGUUCUUUUGUCGGGCUCUGGAGAGGGGACGUUCGUUUGUGUUAUUUUGUUCCCUAGAUGGGAUCUUUGUGGUUUGCUCAAAUGGAGAAUGCAUUGUCCAGCAGACCUGUAACUAACGAAAGUUUGUAAAAUGUGAUGAAUGACAUGAAUUCUAACAAGUCCUAAUCAUUAGAGGAUUGCGUGUAAUUUUUCUCCAAUUUUAGAGAUUUAAGAAAGAAAGAGAGAACGGAUAACAAAGAGAUGAACAGGAAAUUGAUAAUGUCAGUUGAUGAAAGACAUAAUUAACACUUACGAUUGAGUUAAUAAGAGAUGCAUGAUUAUGAUGGUGUUAAGAAAAAGGUGUGUCAUCU